GUCAAACAUCUUUCUCCAUCUUAUAUUUGCCUGUGGUUCUCGGGGCAUCCUGCCUGCAACUGCGUAGGUCUGUCAGUCACGGCUCCCCGAGAUCAUCAUGUCCUCAAAGAGAUGAUCUCCAAAGCUCGAGCUGCUGCGGUGAGAAGUCGUGUGCACUGUGCAUUUGGCCCCUUUUUCUCAAAUGGAAUUUGCCGUUUGAGUCGACUUGCCGCCUGCCGUCCACAACCACAGUUCGCCUUUGGUCUCCGUUUAGGCAAGAGUUGCCCAUUCGCUGCCUUCCAUUCCACAAUGUCAGACGACGAGGCCGACCCCGAGCUGCUCGCGCUUCUCCGACAGCAUCUGCAGGGGAAACUCACCAUCAGCGAAGAGCCGGAAACGGGUGUCUUGGAGGGCGCAGAGUACGUCUACGAUAAUGCCAUCGACGUCGCCCUGGACAUGCGCUCGUGCAAGAGGGCCGCUUCGGCCAUCUAUGCGCAGAUGCAGCAGAAGCAAUACUCGCCUGCCACUUGGACAUCUCAUGAGCUGCAUCCGAAGAGCAAAGACGAGGCCACCGUUGCUUUCAUCUUCACCAUGGAUCUGCUCAACUUCUCCUUCUGGUCUGAGAAGCCUGACGCUGAGCGGUUUGCUAUUGAGUACCGUGGCAAACGGUGGACCGGGUACUGGAGCUUGGUUGCUGCAUUGCAGCGAGCAUUGGACGAAGGAAUCCCCAUUACCGACUCACAUUUCUGGCAGGAUGAAGAAUCCUGCAACUUGGACACACUGAAGCAGGUCUUCAGGUCGUGUACAAACGAAGAAAUACCGCUGCUGGAAGAGCGGCUCGCUUGCCUGCGUGAGGCCGGCAAAGUGCUGUACGAAAGAUACCGAUGCCAUCCCGUCAACCUCAUAGCGGCGGCCAAUGGGUUAGCUGCUAGGCUCGUCAACCUGCUGGCUCGCGACUUUCGCUGCUUCAGGGAUGAGCAUGUGUUUGAAGGACGGCGCAAGCCGAUCCGCUUCCUCAAGCGGGCCCAGAUCUUGGUUGCCGAUCUCUGGGCCUGCUUUGAGGGCGAAAGCUACGGCGAGUUCCGGGACAUUGACAAGAUCACCAUGUUUGCGGACUACCGUGUGCCACAGAUCCUCAACACCAUGGGAUGCAUCUUCUACAGUCCCAUUCUGGACCUGACAAUACGAGAUAAAAAGGAGAUCCCGGCAGGCGGCAGCUGGGAGUUGCAGCUCAGAGCCUGCAGUAUAUGGUGCGUAGAACUAAUACGGAGGGAGAUAAUGAGAAACCACCCGGAGGCUCGUGUCAACGCCAUUCUCAUUGAUUUCUUCUUGUAUGACACAAUAAAGGAGAUGGAGGCUGCAGGACAGGAGUCAGUACCGCACCAUAGAACGAGGAGUAUAUGGUACUGAACCGGGUCUCGGUUCCUCCUUUUUUGUUUAUUCCGGCCGGGUUUCGCAACCUGUAGAUUCCCUUACCCGCAAGAUAAUCAGCUAGACAAUACCCGAUAUGCUAAGAAGCAGCAGUAUUGGU